CCACAAUGUCUCCGCAGCUCUCCGUCGUCGUCGUCGGCCUCCUCGUUUCCUCGGCCGUUUUCGGCUUCUGUAGCGCGAGAUAUAUCCUCUACACAGACGAUAUACUCGUCGGAGGCCAAUCCCUCACCAACGGGAAAUUCAAAUUCACCAUGCAGAGGGACUGCAACCUGGUGCUGUCUGACGACUCCGCGUCUGCCAUCUGGGAGUCGGAGACGAAUGGCCAGGGGACGAGCUGCUAUGUCAAGAUGCAGUCGGACGGCAACCUCGUCAUCUACGACAAUCACGAGGCCAAGUGGGCCUCCGGCAACGUGGGAAUGGAAAGCAGCUACGUCUGCAUUCUCCAGCGCGACCGCCAGGUCGUCGUCUACGGCCCCCAGCUCUGGUCCACCGCGCGUGCCGCCGAUACUCCCGGGGUCCUCAUAUCUGCGAACUCCACCGACACUGCCACGCGCAAGGAAUCGAACGCUACUCCGGAUAUGGCCAUCGUUAUUAAUAACUAGUGGUG